GGCGAGUCCCAGCGCCGGCUCUGAGGGUCGGCUUCCUCUCCCCCUCCCGCGAGGGCGGGGUGGUGCGUUCCGAGUUCCCAGGAGUUCGAGGCGGGCGGGUGCCGGGGGGAGGGGAGUGGCGGCGGCGGCAGCAGCAGCGGCGGGCGGCUCCCGCUUGAGAACCUCGGCAGUGGCGUCGGCGACGGCGGAGUGGAGGCAGCCGCGAGCGCCCGGCUGAGUGUCACCCGGCGGCGACGGCGCAGGAGCUGGGAGUUCGGGACGCGCGCGCCGGACCUUCCGCCGCCGCGGCUGCUGCUGCUGCCGCCGCCCAGAGCCUGAAGCGCCGGGGCUAGGGAAGCCGGGGGGCGGGCGGGCCAGCGAGCGGGCCGGGGGGAGGGUGGGGGAUGGCGCGGACCCCAGGGCCGGCCCCGCUGUGUCCCGGAGGCGGCAAAGCACAACUUUCCUCCGCUUCUCCCCCCGGGGCCGGGCUCCUGCUGCCGCCCCCGACGCCGCCGCCGCUGCUGCUGCUGCUCUUUCCGCUGCUGCUCUUCUCCCGGCUCUGUGGUGCCUUAGCUGGACCAAUUAUUGUGGAGCCACAUGUCACAGCAGUAUGGGGAAAGAAUGUUUCAUUGAAGUGUUUAAUUGAAGUGAAUGAAACCAUAACACAAAUUUCAUGGGAGAAAAUACAUGGCAAAAGUUCACAGACUAUUGCAGUUCAUCAUCCUCAAUAUGGAUUCUCUGUUCAAGGAGAGUAUCAGGGAAGAGUCUUGUUUAAAAACUAUUCACUUAAUGAUGCAACAAUUACUCUACAUAACAUAGGAUUCUCUGAUUCUGGAAAAUACAUAUGCAAAGCUGUUACUUUCCCACUUGGAAAUGCGCAGUCCUCCACAACUGUAACUGUGCUAGUUGAACCCACUGUGAGCCUGUUAAAAGGGCCUGAUUCUUUAAUUGAUGGAGGAAACGAAACAGUAGCAGCCAUUUGUAUUGCAGCCACUGGAAAACCAGUAGCACAUAUUGACUGGGAAGGAGAUCUUGGUGAAAUGGAAUCCACCACCACUUCUUUUCCAAAUGAAACAGCAACAAUUGUCAGCCAUUACAAGCUGUUUCCAACUAGAUUUGCUAGAGGAAGGCGAAUUACUUGUGUUGUGAAACAUCCAGCCUUGGAGAAGGAUAUCCGAUACUCUUUCAUAUUAGAUAUACAGUAUGCUCCUGAAGUUUCAGUAACAGGGUAUGAUGGAAAUUGGUUUGUAGGAAGAAAAGGUGUUAAUCUGAAGUGUAAUGCUGAUGCAAAUCCACCACCCUUCAAAUCUGUGUGGAGCAGGUUAGAUGGACAGUGGCCUGAUGGUUUAUUGGCUUCAGACAACACUCUUCAUUUUGUCCAUCCACUGACUUUCAAUUAUUCUGGUGUUUAUGUUUGUAAAGUGACCAAUUCACUUGGUCAAAGAAGUGAUCAAAAGAUCAUCUACAUUUCCGAUGUUCCAUUUAAGCAGACCUCUUCUAUAGCAGUUGCUGGAGCUGUAAUUGGAGCUGUUCUUGCCCUUUUUAUCAUUGCGAUCUUUAUGACUGUGCUGCUGACUCCAAGGAAAAAGAGACCAUCCUAUCUUGACAAAGUGAUUGACCUUCCACCCACACAUAAGCCACCUCCUAUGUAUGAAGAACGAUCUCCCCCUUUGCCUCAGAAAACCCUCCUAUAUCAGACUGAACACUUGCCUUUGCAGACUGAGUUCAAAGAAAGGGACGUUGGCAGUCUUCAGCCCUCUAAUGGACUAAAUGCCCAGAGACGUGACUAUGAAGAUGAGAUUCCAGUGGGAGAAGAAGGGAUUCAGCAGGUGUACCCCCUAUACAAUCAGAUGUGCUAUCAAGACCGGAGCCCUGGCAAACAUCAUCAAAACAAUGACCUUGAGAGAGUCUACAUCAAUCCACGAGAACAUUAUGUGUGAUUUGCCUUUUUCCAGUAGAUGUUCUAACAAAUGUUUAUUCUUAGAUUGGGGAGAGAAACUGAUUAUUUUAUUUUCUCUCAUAUAAAACAAUCUCAGUCUAAGGGUACCAGGAGUCCUGAUGAAUAACUUGGAGCCUGUAGUGAAUUUCUUUCCUUUGUUAAGGAUUUUUCAACCACCAGCUGUGUUUGUGAACUUGACUAUAGCUUUGUGUGUUUCAGUGACGAUGGUGUUUAACUACUAACAUUUGGCCUACAAUGCCAUGUUCAUUUAAAAGUACAGCAUCUGUCUGUAAUGACUGCAAUGAUUCUCUGGAAAAAAAAAGGCCCCAGCUGUAGUAUUAACCUCAGUGGGUCUUGGGUAGCCCAGCCUGUUCAUCUGGAAUGCAAACAGGCAGAAAAAUGAGUUCAGAAUCCAUUUCACUAAUUAAUUAGCGGGGAUUUGGAUUAUCCUGACAUGCUUAGCACAAUUACAAUACCUGUGUACAAGCAGAAGCCUAAGAAAAGAGGCGAAUUUUACCCUUUUUCUAAAACAACGACAACAAAAGGCAAUUUAAACCUGAAGCCUGUUAGUUGACUUUAAACCUUUGUGGUGUUGUAAUGUAUGUUCCUGUGGGUCACUGAGGUCCUGAGGGUUGCAUAUUUCUUGCUGUUAUGUGCCUGCAGUUGGCCAGCUGCAAGUGACAAAGGUUCUUUUGCUGCGUUGUUGUUCUCACAGUCCAUUUCUGUACUAGCCAGAUUAGCCUAUUUACCACGUAUUAAAUACUCAAGCCCUUUCUAACUGGUAUAUAUCCUUUAGCUUUGCCCUUCUUUUCUCUAAUGUGGUACAUGACAAGCUCAGCUUUCACUUCUGAAAUGUCUUUUAAAACUUUAGCUACCCUUCUGCGUUCUUCAGAGUAUUUAUUGUCCAUGUUUAAUCUACCUCUGAAAAGCCUGCUGGAAAAAUCACCGUGAAGUAACUCCUGCACUUAAAAUGGAAAUUUGGAAAACUUUUGUCUGAAAAAAGUUACUCCCAUAUGGUAUGUGUGCUAAACCCACAUGUCCUUUACACCUCGUCCUCUGCUAUAAGGAGAGUAAUGACAUGCUAAAAAGCAAAUACAGUGACUUAUAGACCAGGUAUCCUGCAACACUUGAGUGCUUGCAAAUGUCUGCUUGGAGUUUCUCAUCUCCUUUUGCCAACUUUCCAUCAGCAAGAUUGACAGUAGUAGUUACAAUAGGGUGAGCUGAGAUGGACGGAUCACAGGUACAGGUGCAAACAUCCAUCACUCUCCUCUCGUCUUCUUAAGGAAAGUGUUGUUUUACUGUGUGUUCUGGAAGGUCUGAGAUGUGUCACCAGUAUGAAAAACACUACAAACGUGUCAUAUACGAAGAAAUAGUAUAAGCACUAAACCAGAUUAAAUAGUAUACAUUUCCAACCUAAACCUUAAGUGGAGAGGGAAAUAUUAACGUAGAUAUCCAGUGAGAUACCAAAGAUGCUUCGUGAUUCAUGUGCUGGCUGUAGUUCUUCUUUGUAUGGUUGUUUCCUUUUCACUUUUCAGACAAGUUAUCCAGGUUAUUCUAUAGUAGUAAUAUGCUGGUCCCCCCGCCCCCAUUACCUGAAUGGCCAACAAUUCUGGAAGAAAGGAUGCUUAAAUUUCAACUCAGUGCUUUCACUAGAUAAUUAGCAAUUUAAAAGAGUAUAGCUGCAUAUGACCCUAAUUGCUGAAUCAUUAUGCUACCUCAGAGUUGAGUGUACUGCCCUUUGUAUCAAAGAAGAUAUUCAAGUUUAUUUUGGGAAAUAUCAUCACUGAGUUAGUAUAACAGAAGGUAGAGGAAUUCUGGCAUUUGUUUCCAGCAGGAAGAUGAUUAUGGUCAGAGCUCUCUUUAACAAGGAAGUCUUUCAUCAAUCCUGGAUGUUAUAGACUAGAGGCAAUAUGGCAGUGCAACACCAUAUUAGAAAGCUUUAGAAAUGUCUUACACGUUGGGGAUGGUUUCUCUAGGAUUCUGCUGGGAAGCCAGUUAUUAAAUUAGCUACACAAAAGCACUACACUGUGAAGCCAGGGGGAAUACAGAUGUCUUCAUUAGCACCAGAGAAAAGGAUUUGGAAGCAGUGGGUUUCAGGAGCCCUUUGGCCUCACCACAGAGACCUCCCACUAUCUACUUUUUAACAUUCUCCAUGUAGUUAUUGGGGAAAAAAUUCAGGAUAUAGACACCUCUCUUGCAGUCAGUUCAGUAUCUUCUUUACCUGUCAGCUGUUGUCAGCUAUGAUAUUUCCUUAAACUGGUGGAUGUUAUGGCUGUUGGUCUUUCACAUGCUCAUGUAAGCUCUCUAAUAGUUUAGCCUGGUGCCUCCUGGCUGUUCUCUAAAAAAAAACUGAGCUAAAUAGAAAGAAGCUUUAAAAGAGGUUUAAUCAACCAGCCCCCUCAACCAAAAAUGCCAUCCUAAAUUAGCCUGUUGAUCUCUAAAUUUGGAGCCUAGACUACUUGGCGAUGCUAUUUAAAUUUGGGAGUUAGAUUUAUAAAGGUCAGUGAGUAAGACUUAGGGAUGUAGUCCACAGUGUUAGGUACUUUUCCCAUAACUAAUUAAAUAAAACACAUUGAAACAGAAAUGGAUUUCCAGAUACUUCUCAACUUAUGGUUGUGGCUUUGCAUUUUAAGGGAGUUGUGUGUGCUCACCUUAAACACUGCCUUUAUUGCCUGUUUUUAAGCACCCCAGGCUCCAGGAAUGUGCUGUGUUGCUGCAGUAGCAGAUCACCAAGUUCUUUGCACACCACACUAAAAUAAAGCAUCUGCACCACCAUGUAUUGGCAUGACAUAUGUGAUGGGAUAAAAGCUUAAAUGGCAGUGAUAUAGUGCCUUUCUUUGAGAUGUCUUCCUAUGCCUAGCAUUCUUAUGUUUUCCAAGUUUGAAGAAUUCUAUGCUCUUUAAAACAUAUAAUAUACCUGUGCUAGGGAUCCCCAUAACAUGUACGUAAUAAGUGAUAAACAUGCACUCAGUGAGCCAACUUCCUUACUAAUUUUCUAUGGCCUUGUUUACUUAUAGGGAUAGGAAAAUGUCUUUCUUUUGUGAAUGAUUUCCGAAGUCCUCUUUCAUAGAAGUCAAAAUUUCACUGUUUUAUUUUUCAUUGUUCAGCCUUUCCCUGAACUUUGCUGAUUUCUGGUGCUGUUUGCUAGAUACCACAGAGACUUCCUUAAGUGCUUUGAUUCCCUAGAGUGUGCAGGAUAGACCAUUAUUCCAAGAAUCAAAAGAACAGGUUCUUUCUAGUCAUGGAAAAGUAGGCAAGUCUCUUUAUAUGUGUGGGGUACCAGCAUGGGGUGUCAGUUGCUCCCAUCUGUAAAGCAGAGAUGAUAAUACCUUCCCUGCCAACCUCUUGUGGUGAGAGUUAAAACAAGAUAAUAAUGAAUAGGAAAGUGUAAAUUCUCUUCAAACUGACAAAUGCCUAUGACUCUGUUAUUGUUGCAAUUGAACCUAAGCUUCCAGUGCCCUUACCAGCAUUUAAGUACUGUAGUAUCCCCAUGGAGAACUAAGUGCAGCAUGAAGAUUUUGUUUGACCUAAUUUAUGUAUAACCAAGUGCCUGUGAGGAUACCUUAUUGCAACAAACAUUUGUCCUGUAGAAGGUUUGAUACCUGAAUUGGAAAUACAUGUUGCUAUGACCAGUAGUUGCUUUUGUGUUACAGAUCACUACUGUCGACUCAUCUCCCAGAAUAUCAACCUGACUGUUGUUGGAUCCUCCUUCCAGGAGGUCCUGUGGGGCCAGACAGGCUUGUGCUCUGAUGCAGUACAAUCAUAUGUCAUACUCAUCACCAUUUAGCUGGUAUUUCUUUCUAAUUUGCUUUUAGGGAGUGGUCCUAAUGAUUUUUUGUUUUAUUUUGUUUUACACAGAGAGGAUCCAUUCAAGAAAACCUUAUGAAAUAUUUAUUAAUAUGGAAACAAGUACAUGUGCUCAUUUUGUAACUUAGUUUUUGACCUCCACAUGUUCAGAAAACUCUACUAUUAAUCAUUAUGUUAAUCAUAGUUUCAGAACAGCAACUAAAUAAUUAAAACACUCCAUCCCAGUUGAUUCGACUUUAGUGGGCUUUGCCUUAGAUUCCGUCCUCAAGUUGGUUCUUUAAUAUACUCAUUUUUUCAUUUGUUUCACCAUUAUUGAACUUCUAGGCGUGGUAACAAUUUUAUGUCCAUAGUGGACAACUGGAAAGAGGGCUAUCUUUGGUAGCAAGCCAGAAUAAAGAGUAUGAGACAGAAAUAUUAGAGUCUCCCACUGUGGCUUGGCUCUGUGUUUCUCUUUUCCUGUGCCUGACUGACAAGGAAGGACCUAGACUCUUACUUUAUUCUUGAGUAGUGUACAGACUUCAUAGAAGGACCAGCCGGGGAUUUUCAGCCCUAUCAUACUAGGCAUUAAUAUUUGUAAGCAUAUUCUAUAGACUAUGACUAAAUUAGUAUUGUGCCUCCAUGUAUUUGGGUUUCCUCCCUAAAGAAAAGUAUAAGCUGACAUAAGCCAAUUUGGGUAUUCACUGUUAGGUGGUUUUGUAGCCUUCAGUGGGUAGAACCUAACCAGGGGGUAAUUGACACUGAAUUCAGAUUUUAGAACAAGUACUGCUUCAUACAUGUUUAUGAGCAAUCAGGCGUCAGAACAGUCAUCCAACCUGUCCUGUAAGCUUGAAAAAAUCCCAACUCCUCCCUUUUAGGCAACCCAACAGUAUACUACCUACAAGAGUGAUUAGAAGUGAGUCUUGCUAUAUUCCAGCAGAUCCAUUCAGGUGAUGAUCUGAUGUAUGUAGAGAAUGAGUUAGAAAUCCUAGGUCUGUUGGGCAUCCUGGAUUCUUACACCUGUUCUUGGAAGGGCUGAGCUAAUUCACAGAUCUUUAAAGACAGUAAAUUAACCAUUGAAAAUACUCAUUCUUUAACAAUCUCUGGUAAUAGCCUGUGAGGUGACCGAUGUAAUGCUAACUGUUUCUGAAAGGUAUAUUCCUGAUUAGGAUACGUCAGAUGUCAACCAAACAUCCCCAGAGUUUGUAUUAAGGCUGAUUAACGUAUGCCAAAAUAAUGUAGAUAAACUAUAUCAAAUGUAAAAUCUUGUUAAGGACUUCUCAGUUUUCACUCUAUCCACACAGUAGGGUCGGGUAGAGCUACUUACUAUUGUGAAGUCAACAAUCUGCUGAAUAGAGUGGAACUGGCAUUUAUCCUUAGUGACAGCUUUUUCUGUAUUUCUGUAUGUGCAUAUGUUUGUGUGAGACAUGCAUCAACUUAAAAUUUGCUACUCAAAAAAAAAAAGCUGUUCACAUAUAUAAGAAACACCAUACCUGUAAGCAUCUCACUAAUGCAAGCACAUUUUAUAAUAUCUACUUUAACAUUAUCUCUGCAAAAACAUUAGAGGCAGGAAAAGACAGGCCAUAUUUAUGUUGCCAGCCUAAGUACUUAAAAUAUUUUUAUUCCUAGUCUAUUUCCAUUAUUGCAUCAGUUAUCUCCUCUAUUCAAGUUGUAGUUUGUAAAAAUUUGAAGCUAAGUAGAGUAAAGAAUGCCAAAAAUUCAAGAGACACUAUACAGCUUUUUAUUAUAUAUCAUCAAUUGGGACAAUGCCAUAAAAAUUAUAUCUAAAUCCUGGGAUAAAUGAAACUACCAAUGACAAAAACAUUUUCCAUUCUUCUUGGCUAUGAGGAAGUCCUGACUCAUCCGCCAGUGUGCUCCAGUCAGUUCUGCAGGGGCUAAGGCUAUGAUGUAUAUCAAAUGACAAACCUCCAUUCAUCCACAAGUACCACUACAUGCUUUAUUCUGUAGCUGUGAGGUUUGGAUUUAAAUGCAUAUGUUUAAGAAAAACGUAUGUUGUGAACAUUAUUGCCACGAAGGUAUAUAGCAAAGAGCAACAUCCCCAUGAGUUGAAAAUGAAUAGGAUCCUGUCCUCUGAAGUGCUCCCAUUCUACAGCUGUGUUGCUUACAGUUGCCAUUAGCACAUGACUUACACAGAACAAAUAUAUAGUUGGACCCAAGGAAAUAGACUCUCAGAUUUAAAAUUAUUGUUAUAGUUGCCAUCCCAAAUAAUCUUCAGUAGAUAUAAACACAGCUGUCUAAGAUAUUCAAUCUUUUUUCUUUUUUUUAACUUUUAUUUAAGAAAUAUAAAUUUCCAAAGUACAACUUUUAGAUUAUAGCUGCUUUUUACCCCCAUAACCUCCCUCCCACCCGCAACCCUCCCAUCUCCCGCUGCCUCUCCCAUCCCUUUCAUAUCAAGAUUCAUAAAAUACUCAAUCUUUUAAUGCAUUAAAUGUGGCAGACCAGAGUUGCCGCCUUCUGCUUUUUAUUUUUCUUUUUUCCAGCACUAGCACUUAAAGUUUCUAUAAUCAGGUCCUCUUUGGCCCAGCAGGAUCUUUGGUAUCCUGACCUAAACUGGUUGUAUUUAUUACCAUAGCUUGGGAUUUAACUGUGAAAGUCGAUUAGAGGAUACCUUAGGGAAAGCCUCCCUUUGAAUCCAGAACAUCAGAUUUGCUACACUGGCUUAGAACUCUGACCUGCCCUACUAUAGUUGUGUCUGACAGCCAUGAAGAGAUGCUUUAUGUGUCCCUCCAGAGGUUAAUUCCCCUUAAUAACUCACAGUGGAUCUCUAUAAAGCCCAGAGUGGCACAUGAUUUUCCACAUGGAUGGGCACCAUUGUUUUUCUCUUCAAUACCAUUUCCAAUAAUGACCAAUACUAUCUAAAAAUUCACCUUAGAAUAUUGAUCAAGCUGCCUUAAAUUCCUCUCUCAAGUCUUAUUGAUGGCUCAGUGUCCAUUCUAUUUUAACUUAAGACAACAGCUAUGUGUUGUAAGUGCAUCAGUUUACAUUUGCCUACACCAUGGCUCAUUUAUGUCCAUUUUUCCUCAUGGGGUCUUAGGAGAUUGUAUUGCAUAUAUUCCCUUCAAAUGAGCAUUUCAUUACCCAGAUGAGUGUCAUCUUAGGUUUCACUGUAUAAUUAAAAUUCCAAGUCCUUUGUAACAAAAAAAAUAAAUAAAUAAUUGGUGUUGCUACUGGAUCCCUGGAUUAUUCCACUUGUCCAUCCAUAAAAGUUCCUGUUUAUCCUCUUCCUUCUGUUUCUAUUUUUAAGUCAGUACUUUAAGACAUAACAUCUGCUCCAUGCUAUUCAUUCUGCAUGUGGUCGUAACCUCUCAGCUUCUUUGCGUCUCAGUUUUAUCCCUGUAAGUUAAUGCUCUCAAUCUCACAGGUUAUGGGGGUGGGGAUGGGGGGCUGGCAAGAGAUAUUUAAGGAUUGUUUUCAAGAAAAAUCACUCUUUUAAAGAGAUUUUCUAAAAGUCCCUCAGCUCAAAAAUGGGAAACUAUCGCUGUUACGUUUUUUCCUAUCCUUGUUUCGCUGUUUUGUUUUCUGCAAGGUGAUCUGUGUCUAAAAUGACUCUUUACUCAGGUUUUAACUUUUAUUCUACUAACCCUUUUCACACUGGAAUCUACAUUAUUUAUGUUCUGAACUUUUCACUUAUGGAUCCAGAAUUAAUUCUGCCACAACAAAUCCCUCACACUUUUACCCCUAUCAUUAAACCAAUUAAUGUCUCUCCCUUCCCCACCAAAAACAAAAACAAAAACAAAACAAAAAAAAACUGGCUCUUCCUACAUUUUUAUAUCUAAUGAGGUCUCUGGCCCUGGCAAGUUCUCGCCAUGUGCCUUGGUUCUCUUUGUGUAAACUGAGGUUAAUUCUGCUCUUUCACAGUACCUGGAUGUUGUGAGUCCAGACUAAUCAAUGGCGAAAACCAUCUUGCAAAUAUCCUGUAUUAUAUAAAUUGACAAUGGAUAAUCAGAGGAGUCUGAGUAGAAGUAAGUUCCUAUGUAGCCCAGUUUGGAAUACUAAUCCACCCAUGGUUUUUAAAAGAAAUCUUUUAGUCACGCUUUUUAUAGUGAAAAUCAAUUUCUAGUCAUUGAACUAUUUCUACUUUGGUGUAUAGGAAGUGGUCAAUAGUAUACUUGCUUAUGAGAAAAUACCCAAAUUGUAUUUCAGAUGUUAAACAGUUAUGUAACAUUGUAGUUGUGUAAGGAGGAGGAUUCUAGCUCACAUGUUGCAAAACACAGAAAUACAAGGAUUAGCUAUGAAUUUGAGAUUGUUUUAUAAAUAGUAGGUGUUGGUGUGGUUGCUCUAGAUAGUCUUUAUUUUUAAGUUACCAGAUUGUCUUUUAUUUUUGCAGUUUUGAACUACAUGGUUCUCUACAAGUUUUGAAUAAAGUUUUUUAUCAAUUAAA